AAUUUAAUAAUAAACACUCCUCCCGUCAGCAGUAGCUGUGCGUUUGUGUGUUUUUUUCCCAGUAUAAUCCGACAGCCGCUAGUUCCUUGACUGCCUCCCCCACCUCCACAGGUGGUAACUCCCCAGCCGCAGUGACAGGUUAUAUAAGGCGGCUCCGGAGGGCCGCUUUUCCCCAGUAAAGAAUCUGCUGCGUGGAUGUCGAGGUCAGGGGGUAGCCAGUUACCUACACACAGGCCGUCAUGCACAAGGGCUGGAAGAAAUACUUUGGCCAGAAAUCUCUAAAUGAAGUGACCAUGGACGAUUACUUGGCCAGCCUGGGGCUGUACAGAAAACUUACUGCUAAGGACGCGUCGUGCCUAUUCCGAGCUGUGUCUGAGCAGUUGUUCUUCUGCCAGAUUCACCAUCCAGAAAUUCGAAAAAUCUGUGUGUCCUAUAUGAGACAAAAUCAAGAGUUAUUUGAAUCGUAUGUUGAAGGACCAUUUGAAAAGUACCUGGAACGCUUGGAGGACCCUAAGGAAAGUGCUGGACAGCUUGAAAUAACUGCCCUGUCUCUGAUUUUUAAUCAAGAUUUCAUUUUAUAUAAAAGCCCUGGAAAACAACCUACAUAUGCAACAGAUAACAACUGGGAGGGAAAGAUAAUGUUAUGUUGCUCAAGCAAUGGGCAUUAUGACUCUGUAUUUACCAAAGCAUUCCAAGCUAAUGCUGCUAUAUGUCAAGCCGUUCUGUAUGAGUGCCUAUAUAGAGAUGUUUUUGGUGUGGAUGAAAGAGAGCUGCUUGCAGCCGUUGAUCUCUUCCGAAGUGGUACAAAGAAGAAUCGAAAUAGUGCUUCCACUGGUAGUGAAGAUGCCAACUUUGACUGCUCUCCAGAACAAACAUCAAAACAGUCGUCUGAUAACAGGGUUAAAGAUUGGGAAGUUAAAGGUGGUGAUAAUUUCUUGGAUGACAAAUCCAGACAAACCACAGAUGACGUAAAGUCCACAGAAAAUCCUAACAAGAUGCCCUUCCCAUAUAAGGUUUUGAAAGCCCUUGACCCAGAAAUCUACAGAAAUGUAGAAUUUGAUGUCUGGUUAGACAGCAGAAAAGAACUUCAGAAAACGGAUUACAUGGUGUUUGCUGGAAGACACUAUUGCUUAGGUGAUAAGUGUCAGGUACGCUUGGAACCAGGAGGAAGGUAUUACAAUGCUCACAUUCAAGAGGUUGGGCAAGAUAGCAAUGCUGUAACAGUCUUUAUUGAAGAACUAGCUGAGAAACAUCUAGUUCCGCUCAUCAAUUUAAAACCCGUAACUCAGGUAAUCCCUCUGCCUGCAUGGAAUUCAUCCACUAACCGAAAAGGGGGGAAUUACCAGAAAAUGACAGUGGGAUACAAUGGUGAGCUAGAUCUUGACCUUAAAUCUCGCAAAAGGCUGUUUAAGAAAGUACGUGGGAAGGAGACUCAAGGAAACAUGCCAUCUUAUGAUCACUUCCGGCCUCCACAGUCUCCUCACAGACAAGGCAGAAGUUAUGGAAUCCCUAAGGGCUCUCCAAGAUACAUGAACAGGCAUGCAAUAAUAGGGCCAGAAAUCACAUUUUACCACAGUCCAGGAAAAAGAUGCUACCAAAGUCUUGACAGCUACUCCUAUAGAACUCGAUCAUACAGUCGGAGUCGUAGACAAAUGGCAUGUAUAAACAAAGAAUGUCAAUAUGGUUAUGUGCCAGACAGAGAUGAAGAACCAAGAGGCAUGGAUGAGACCAUGGCCUAUUAUGAGAUUGAAGAAGGAGAUGAAACAGCCUAUCCAUCUCUUCCUAAUCAAGGAAGCACACUGGUUCCUGCUACUGGUUUUUGGGUUGCAAGAACCAGUCCUGGGCCAAUUAGUCCAGGGAAGCAAAAUUUGAAUUCAUCAGAGGAAGAAAUUGAUGAGCCAAGUGACAGCGGUGAAUACCAUGAAGAGUUCAUUUAUACUUCAGAUCCUGCAUUUGAAAACUCUUCAUUAUAUAGUGCAACAGAGUCCACACAGAACUUGUCUCUCCAGGAUGAUGGGUCCCACGUUGUGCCUUGCCAGGAUGACAUUGCAUCCUAUAAGUUUUCUGAACAGGUCACAUCUGUUAUCGCUACCUCUUCUUGUGUGAAUGCUGCCCCAGUUACAGUCAUGGCAACUUCUGCUGUGGUCAUCCCAUCCACAUCUACCUCUUCUGUUCUACCACAAACUCCCGUUCAGCCAAUUAUUGUGUCUUCACCUCCUUCAGGACGGCCAGCACCCACUUGUCCUGGAGAGAUGGGAGAUUGCACUGUCCCUCUCCCUCCACCACCACCUCCUUAUUCCUGUGAUCCAAGUGGCAGUGACUUACCUAGAGACACAAAGGUUUUGCAGUAUUACUUUAACUUGGGAUUGCAGUGUUAUCACCAGAGUUUUUGGCACUCCAUGGUGUAUGUCCAACAGAUACCACCUCCAGCACCUGUAGAGACAUUCCAAGGCUUUCCAGAAACUGUUCCUGUAGUUGACCAGUCUGCACCUCCAGUCUACAAUGAGAGCAGACCUAUUGCAGUGGAAACAGGAGGUCCUUUUACAAAUGUGGAUCCAUUGCCUUCUCUUCAUGGCACAGUAUAUUAUCCAUUAGUCACUGAUCCUUAUAACCAGCCUCCCUUACCAGGCUUUGAUUCUUGUGUACCCAUUGUGCCCACUUAUCACUAUGUAGGACCUUGGCAUCCUAUUAGUCCAACAUACAGCGGUUCCCCUCGUCUGCAUAAUGCUGUAAAUGCUGGGCAUAUUCACCAAGUCAGCUACAUAACUCCAACAUCUCCAGCCCAUUUUGUGCCACAGACAAUUUGAGGAGGGUCUUGUGUUUUCUACGGUUUGUGCUAGAUUCUAAAUAGCAACAUUUUGGACAAACUGUUGCUGCAUCCGUGUUUUCGCAAAAGGAUCCAACAAUGAUGGAAUAGAACACUCAUGGUGGUGAGGUGCAGGGAAGGCAAUAUUAGUUUUUACUGUGAAGAAUCAAUACCUGGUUCUUCAUUUUGGUGACUUGGAUUUUCCGUUCAUUUUGUGGAUGUUAAGUGAUGUUAUGCACUUGUGAAAGGCUUUUCUACACUACCUUCUGUAGCUGCUGUCUCCAUAGACUACCUCUGACUGCAUCUACCUCACAACUGGCUGUCAGCAUGUCAAGUGGUUGAUGAUAUUCAUCAUGCCAAUCUGCCAUUUGUUUGCCAUAAUAUUCAUCUGUCUUCACUUAUGGCCUAGUAGUUAGAAGAACAGUAAACUAAAUCUUUAGCCUAAAGGAGGGUGGUGAUCUUCUCUCUUUGCACUUAGUAUUUUAUACCUUUUUGUGUUUUAACUUGAAACAGAAAUCUGUGCCAACCUAUAUCCAAGUCAAAACAAUAUCAUCUAAAUUUAAAUUACUUGACUGUAGCCAUUACACUCUAUUCAUAAAGCUUGACCAGAAAAAGUGAACAUUGCAGUUAUUGUCCAUCUGAUAAGAAUGGUCAGUGUGCAGUCUGCACAAAAACAUUUAUUCCAAAAUGUUGGCACAGUUUCCUUAAUCUUAUACAUGUUUGUUCUAUCUGCCGUAUUUAUUUUCCAAUAAACAGUCAACUUUCCUUGUUUAACUGACAGUAAAUUAUGUGAGCAUAACUUAUUCUGUGCAGGUAACGUUCCCUCUUGGUUUCAUUUAUUAGAUUGAAUAGGAGCUGCCAUGCUGUGUGCCCCAGCAAGGGAAAGGGUUAACUCUUCUGACCCCUCUGUUGCCACUGCCAAAUGUUUGAAUACCUGUCAUUUGUAGAAAGCAAAAUGGCAACCACUACUCGUUUAUAAAUAAAACACAAAGGGGAAAAAUGUUUUUUGUACAUGAAUGUCCUUUAGAUACUGUGCUUUAAAUACUGUAUGGCCAGAUUAAUACUACUUACAAGGUAUUUUUUUCCCCCGUCAAAGACCUUUGACAGGUCAAGGGUCACAUACUAUGCAAGUAAACUAUUUUUUGUCAUUUGCAUUGAUUGGUCAUAAGCUACUGUCACUUCCAAGAAGGUUCUUUAGAUACUGCCUUGUUUCGAAUGUGCUUGUAAUCCACCAACAGCCCAUGUUUUCUGGGUACGCUCCCAAUAGCACCGGGGAAUCAUUCAGCAGGUGGGUCAUUUUUUUAUUUCUCUGUGCUGCUAGUUGCAUCCAACAGUUCUGCUGUAAAGGCAUCUGGAGAUUUUGCAGUGCCGAGGCAUCAUGAUAGAUAUAAUUCUUUGGUCUGACAUACGUUGGAUCAGUUCAUGGUCAAUUUUAAAAAAUUUUUUCAUCCCCUAGCUUAAAUAUGCAAAUAACAUAUUUGGUAAUAUGAGAAAUACUUUGGCCAGUCUACUUUAACUGCAACUUUGUGACUUUCAAGCAGGGCUUGAAAUUUUUUCCAUAGAGUUGUGCCAUAGAAGCCAUCUUUUUACUUGACAAUUCAUAGCCAUAGCUAGAACACCACAUUCUUCAGAAAAAAACAAUAAAAAAGGGAACAAGAGAGCAAUACCAUAUUACAUUACAUCUUAUCUGCUUCAGACUGGGCAACUUUCCCACUUUAAUUUGUCUUAAGUUGUUUUGUGAGAAGUGUUUACAUGUACUAUUAUUUAUGUUCUUGUACAGUCAUUCCUUUGUUGUACUCAGCUCUUUCAUUUAGAAAUAUGUAAGCCAUUUUUUGCACAAUAGGUGAUUUGAACUGGUGUUUACUUUUUCACUGGCACAUAAUAAAAGAAAAAGCAUAAA